CUCAUUAGUCCACUCAUAAAUUAAAAGUUCUUUGUCACAGCAACAUGAAACGCCUACUAAUCAUCGGCUUCAGUCUGGCAAUAUGCCAUGGACUUCCGACCCCAGAUGCAUUCGUACCUCACUCGGAAUACGGAGUACCAAGAGCGGUUCUUCCAGCACAAAUAGCAUCUUUUCCAUACCCUGGAAAACUUGCGGACACUCCAAGGGUCGUUGUUCCUGUAGAAACAUAUGGUGCUCCUCCAAAAAAUGAAUAUGGUGUUCCUUCAGAAGCUCCUAAAACUGUCCUUACUAACUACGAGUACGUUAUUCCUCACGUAGAGACUGCUCCAGUAGUAUCUGCUCCAGCAGACACUUAUGGUUCACCUAAUGAGGAAAACAGAAUUCUCCCAGUAGUUCCGGCUAACGAAUACGGUGGUCCAGUUGAAACUUAUGGGACCCCAACUGGUGAAUAUGGUGCUCCCCAAGUAAGGGUUGCUGUCCCAGCAGAAACAUAUGGUUCUCCUGCUCAAGAACAAAAUGUUCUUCCAGAAAUUCCUGCUAACCAAUAUGGUGCGCCAGUUGAAACCUACGGUACUCCCUCAUCAGAGGCCCCCAAAGCUGUCGUCUCCACUUACGAGUAUGUUAUUCCUCAUGUAGAGGUAGCUCCAGCAGUUAUUGCCCCGGCAGAAACUUAUGGGUCUCCUGCUCCGAACAAUAACUUGCUCCCAGAAGCUCCAGUUAAUCAAUAUGGUGUCCCAGUUGAUACUUAUGGGACCCCAACUGGUGAAUAUGGAAUUCCCCAAGUGAAGAUUGCUGCCCCAGCAGCAACAUAUGGUUCUCCUGCUCAGGAUAAUAACAAUGUUCUCCCACAAUCUCCCGUUAACGAAUAUGGUGCCCCAGUAGAAACUUACGGCACCCCUGCUGCUGAAUAUGGUGCUCCAGAAGCUCCAAAACCCGUCGUCUCCAAUUACGAGUACGUUAUUCCUCACGUAGAAGUUGCUGCUCCAGCAAAAGCUUAUGGCGCCCCUGCUCAAGAAACGAGAGUUCUCCCAGUAGCUCCUGCCAACGAAUAUGGUGCCCCAGUAGAAACUUAUGGGACUCCGACUGCUCAAUAUGGUGCGCCCCACGUAGAGGCUUCGGCCCCGGCUGAAACAUAUGGUUCUCCCUCUCAAGAGCAGAAUGGGCUCCCAGAAGUCCCGGCUAACGAAUAUGGUGCCCCAGUAGAAACAUACGGAACUCCCGCUGCUGAAUAUGGUGCCCCAGAAGCUCCCAAAGCUGUCGUCUCCAAUUACGAGUACGUUAUUCCGCACGUAGAAGUUACUACUCCGGCAGAAGCAUAUGGUUCUCCUGCUCAAGAGAAGAAUGUUCUCCCAGAAGCUCCAGUUAAUCAAUUUGGAACUCCUGCUGAAUAUGGUGUUCCGUCAAAAGCUCUUGGUAUUCCUGGCAUAGUAGUUGCUCCAGUAGCUGCUCCUGGAGUUCCAGUGGUGCCGCAUAGUACCUAUGGCGUGCCCGCUCAAUAUAGGAGUUAA